GCCUCACAGAUUUCUUGGGACCGACGCGGAAGAAUCCCGAGUCGGCACACGCGUGUAACGUGCGUUUUUCUUGUUAUUACUGAGUUCAAUCUUGAUUCAUUGGAUCUUACCCAGAGUGCUCAUCAGAUCAUAUCCGGACCAUUGAACGUUACAAUGUUACGCGAUUAUCUCGUUCGGAUAGAUCACGCUUUGCGUAAGCCUGGGCUCGUAUGUGACAUUCUCACUUCGUGCGAAGAACGGACAGGCAUUGGUCGCACCAUUAUAGCGACUGUUACAGCAUCAUUGUUCUUGCUCUAUUUGCUUUUAGGACAUGGUACUGCGGUCUUGGUCCUCUUGAUCGGCUUCCUUUAUCCUGCCUACCAGUCCAUAAAAGCCAUUGAAAGCCCUUCAAAAGAUGAUGACACACAGUGGCUUUGCUACUGGGUCGUUUUCGCGUUUCUACAAAUGGUGGAAGCAUGCACGUUUUCACUUGUGUAUUACAUUCCAAUAUAUACAACGAUUAAGUGCAUUUUUCUCCUUCAUUGUAUGGCCCCCAUCCCGGAGAACGGCUCAGUUUUCGUGUACAAGCACGUAAUUCGACCUUUGUUUCUAAAACAUUCAACUACUAUCGACACUGCACUGGACUCCGCGGUGACCUUUGCAGAGAGCAUUAUUGAGGAAAGCGUGUGGAAAGCUACCAAACCAACUCCAUCGGAUCAGCUGUAAUCCACAGAUGACCUGGGCAGUGGUGUUCACUUGGUCUCUAUCAAAGUUUCUAUUUAUCUCUCAACCCAGUUAAAACCAUUUCUUUUCUUUCGGUUUUGAGAUACUCAUGAAAACACUUGUACUUCCGUACAGGCCUCUUUUUAUCAGUUUGCCACCACUCAUAAAUCCUACGCCAUUUUUCUCCGUUCCUCAUUGUGAACCCACAUUCAUACUGCCGGAAUAAGCGUCAGGUCUCCCACUGCGCAUCUGUUAUACGCUAAAAAUCUCCUCCAAUCCUGGCUGCACGCUCACGAAGCGAAAUCCCACCAGGGCUUUUCUUCACAAGCCUAGGAGUAAUUGCCCUCGCUUGAUACAACGCCUGUUAUUCAUCUAAAGUUCUUCGGGUAACGCCCUUGGAGCAACUUUUUCCAAUGUUAUCCUUCACAACAGUGUGUAGGCCAUGAUCUCUACCCGUUACUCUAACUUUCAGCUCUCCGCGUUUUCAUUCCGCAACUGCUUAAACUAGGUGUCACUUUGUUCGAUCGAUUCGAGCAUAAUAACGAG